UUCUGAAGACAAAAGGGCGGGUGACUGACUUUGGAGAGGAAUCGACAGGUAGGCGGGUGUUUGGGAAGGUUGCAAAGUCUAUUCGAUUGGGUCCGCUGACUUCUCCUUCGUCCAAAUCGAGAUGUCCUUAGAUUAGAUCGCCCCGACUCAUCCCUCACUUCCGAAUUCUCAUCCAAGAUGGCACCGGAUCGAUCUCGGUUCCCCGGCGCCACCACCGCCUCCGCCGUCCUGAUCCUAUUUCUCACAACGGCACUCUAUCGCUCCGAUGCGGUUUCCUCCUCCUCCCUCCCCGAGCCUGCCGGCCAAGCUAGGGCCAUUGUCCUCCAACCCGCCAUCGGUGGCCGCAACCGCCACACUAUGUUCCUCCCCCUCUCUCUCUCAUCUCCAACCUCUUCAAGGAACUCCUCCGCAGGCGGCCGAAGAAAUUCGCUUCGCCGGCUUGGGGAAUCGAAGUCUGAGCACCCCAACGCCCGCAUGCACCUGCACGACGAUCUACUUCUCAACGGUUACUACACUACCAGGCUUUGGAUCGGAACUCCUCCACAGAUAUUCGCUCUUAUCGUUGAUACGGGGAGUACUGUCACAUAUGUUCCAUGCUCUACAUGUGAACAGUGUGGUAGGCACCAGGAUCCAAAGUUCCAACCAGAAUUGUCCACAACUUACCAGCCUGUUAAGUGCAACACGGAUUGCACCUGUGACAAUAACAGGGAGCAAUGUGUUUAUGAGAGACAAUAUGCUGAAAUGAGUUCAAGCAGUGGUGUGCUUGGUGAGGACAUUAUAUCCUUUGGUAAUGAAAGUGAACUUGCGCCCCAGCGUGCUGUUUUUGGUUGUGAAAAUUUGGAAACUGGUGAUCUUUACAGUCAACAUGCUGAUGGCAUUAUGGGUUUGGGCCGUGGUGAUCUAAGUAUUGUGGAUCAGCUUGUUGAUAGAGGUGUAAUUAGUGAUUCUUUUUCCUUGUGUUAUGGUGGGAUGGAUAUUGGUGGCGGUGCAAUGGUUCUGGGUGAUAUUCCCUACCCUUCUGGCAUGGUUUUCGCGAAGUCAGAUCCUGUACGAAGUCCAUAUUACAAUAUUGCGCUGAAGGAGUUGCAUGUUGCUGGGAAGAAGUUACCUUUAAACCCAAGGGUUUUUGAUGGAAAACACGGUACUGUUCUGGAUAGUGGUACAACUUAUGCUUACCUUCCAGAAGCAGCAUUUCUGGCAUUUAAGGAUGCUAUUAUGAAAGAACUCCAUUCAUUGAAAAAGAUUCCUGGUCCUGAUCCAAAUUAUAAUGACAUUUGCUUCUCUGGUGCUGGGAGUGAUAUCUUGCAGAUGUCAAAAACAUUUCCAGUUGUUGACAUGGUAUUUGACAGUGGACAGAAGCUGUCACUAUCUCCUGAAAACUACUUGUUUCGGCAUUCAAAGGUGCAUGGUGCAUACUGCUUGGGGAUUUUCAAGAAUGGAAAUGAUCCAACCACCUUGCUAGGAGGAAUUGUUGUCCGCAACACUCUUGUGACAUAUGACCGUGAGCAUGAAAAAAUUGGUUUCUGGAAAACUAAUUGUUCUGAAUUAUGGGAAAGACUUCACAUAGUUAGUGCUCCUCCACCUGUACAUUCAACUUCUAACAGAACAAACUCGACUGAAGAACUGUCACCUGCAGUGGCCCCUACUUCACCUGAUCACCAUAUUUUUCCAGGGGAAUUUCAAGUUGGACUCAUAACAUUUUACAUGUUGUUGAGUGUCAAAUACACAGAUUUAAAGCCUCACAUGAAGGAGCUUGCUCAUCUUAUUGCCCAGGAAUUAGAUGUUAAUAGUUCUCAGGUCCAUUUACUGAAUUUCACUGCUAAAGGAAAUGAUUCUCUAACAAGAUGGUCUGUCCUUCCUACAGGAUCUGCUGACUACUUCUCUAAUACCACUGCAAUGAGUAUUAUUGAGCGGUUAGCUGAACAUCGUGUCCAGCUUCCUGAAAACUAUGGGAGCUAUCAAUUGGUUGAAUGGAAUGUUGAGCCUCCUCCAAUACAGUCCUGGUGGCAGCAACAUUACACGGUUGUGGUUGUAGCAAUUGUUCUCGCACUAAUUGUUGGAUUAUUGGUUUCUGGGGCAUGGAUUUUUUGGAGACACAGGCAGCCAACACUUAAUUCAUACAAGCCCGUCGAUGCUGCUGUCCCUGAGCAAGAACUCCAACCGCUAUGAACUCUAUUUGUCUUGUCCAUAUGGUUUAUGACAAAGUUUAUGUAUAGGAUGGUGAGCAAUACAGCUAGCAGUCUGAACAGAGUUUGGUGAAGGGACCAUACAUGCAAACCAACCUUCUAGGCUUUAAUGGUGUCUCUCAGUAAAGUGUUAUAGAACUGUGAAAGGGGAAUUGCCCAAGUAAUCAGGUUCUCACAUAGAGAAAAUUGUAUGUGAAUAGUAUAUAAGACAUAAUUGGUCGACGGUCUGAUCUACAGGCCAAUUUUUGGGAAUGAUUUGAUGUUUAAUACGAUGCCACCUUCAGAUGAUGCCUAUUUGUCUAGGAAUAAAUCACAGGAUUGAUAGUUUUACUUUGACCGUAUAAA